AUGGCGUACAAAGGCAGAGGACAGAAGAAAGGAGGAAAAGAUGCGUACAAAAACAGAAGAAACGAAAGAAGCGAAAAAAAAGAAAGGAGCGAGCACUACGCGCCAAAGUACAUCAGAGGAGAGAAACAAAUGGCAAGGCCAAAGCCAAGACUGACAAGAAACGUAGUGAAUAAAACAUUUAAAACGGACUCAGAGCUGACCGAGUUCAUUCUCAGCGAAGGAACGUUCAAAGACAGAAUAACAGCACUGGCGCUUGUGAUAAUAAAAGACCAGGACGGAAGAGCGCUGAACCAACUGCUGGAUCUAGCAGAGACAGAGAACGGAGGAGACAAGUCGUAUCUAGCAAUAACCCAUGCGGUAAAGAUACUGGAGUACUACAAAGAGUGCAAAUCCGAAAGCGAAAAAAGAAAAGAGCCCGCAGAUGAAAACGAAGAAAAUGACGAGAAUGAAAAUAAACAAGAAAGCGUAGACAGCUCUGAAUUCUGUGCUUUCAUCGAAAAAACAGCAUUUAUAAAAAGAGUGCCAGAAGUCAUAGCUAGACAGAUGGGAUCGUCCUUUCUCAAGGGAAAGCUCACCAUUCUUAUCAAAAGCAUGAUAGAGGCAGAUACGCUCAGCGGACAGAUGCUCGACAUCCUGAUGGAUGCUGCAGAUGUUGAAAUAGACAGAGAAAUAAUGGUGAUAUUUGGACACAUCACCAGAACAAGGAACUACAAGCUAAUCCACAUCCUCAGAGACAAAAUAGUACAGACAAUACUCUACCACAAGAACCUGAAAAAAGUAAAAUACUUUGUAACCCUUGCCCUGGCCAUCAACAGAACAGAAUGGAUUCUGGAGAGUGCCGAUUACAAAGUGUACAUCGAGCCUCUGAUCAAAGGUUUUCUGAGUGUCUUGAAAAAAGUGUAUGAAGAAAUAGACAACCCCAAACUAAAGAACAAAGCAGGAACUUCCGUGCUCUCGUCCGUGCUAAAAGGUCUCCUUAGAUUCAUCAACUGGCAGAAAACAGUCCCGUCACUCGAGAAGAACUACACCACAGAAAUAUUCAAAGAUUUUGGGUACAUUAUAUUCAAGUUGGCGUACAACGAAAACACAAAAUACUCUCUGCCUGCGCUGAACAUUCUAGAAGUGGCAAACGAAACAGAAAAGAUAAACUACGCCAGAGUCCUUGGAGAUACAAUCAGAAAAUAUAUUUAUCUAAACGACCUCAGCAGAUGCGAAAUACUCAACAAGGCCGUGAAUGUCCCAGGAAAAGAGGUGCAGUCAAAGGUUGUGCACAGCGCAUACCACACCCCCAUUGGGUCAAAGUAUCCCCUCGGGUGCCAGAUGGUCUCCCAGGAGGCGGGUGCUGAUUUCAGCGAGAAAAUGGGCUAUGUUCUUCUGUGCAAAUCCCACGACAAGGAAGUAGCACAGGCAGCUAAGAAGAUAGUAGCAGGAGAGAGCAUUCCCGUAUACAACAUCUGGUCGUAG